UGAGAAGAUAUGAUGCGCUUAUGUGAACAAGGCACCCCUGCCUGGGUCUAUGUGGGCACCCUGCUCCUCUUAAUCAACUUCCACUCUGUCACAGUUAGUGGAGCUGCCCUGAAGCAGGAGGUAGGAUUGGACAAUGGUGCCACGGUGCUGAAUCACUCCAUUAGUUUGGUGCAGCGCAUGGAGACCCUACUGGCUAUGGGGAAUAGUAGUGAUGUCACUCUUCGUGUGAAGACCAUCAACUCGGACGAGGUGAAGGUGAUCCAAGCCCACAGCCUGAUUCUCACUCUCCAGAGUGACGUGUUUGAGGAACUGCUGCUCACUCGCAAUAACAGUGUUGUGGUUUUGAGGGAGACACCUGAAUGUGCAGCUGUCUUUGACAAGUUUAUCAGGUAUCUGUACUGCGGUGACAUCUCUGUGCGGCUAGGUCAGGCCAUUUCUCUGCAUAAGCUGGCCAGCAAGUACCAUGUAUGGAGCUUGCAGCAGGGUCUGACCCAAUAUAUGACCCAGCAUCUGUCUAGUGAUUCUCCCACAGGCCAUGUGGUUGGUUGGUACAACUAUGCACUACAAAUUGGGGACAUGGCCCUGCGGGACAGCUGCCUGCAGUACCUGUCCUGGAACUUGUCUUCUGUGCUACAGAGCGAAGAAUGGAGCUCCAUCAGUGAGGACCUACUACUCUCCUUGCUCCAACGAUCUGACCUCAUUUUGCAGAGUGAGGUGGAGCUCUACGAAGCUCUGGAGGCCUGGAUUAACCAGAACCAGCCUGUCAGUAUGACAGUGGAAAGUGCCCUAAGGGCUGUUCGAUAUGGCAUGAUCCCCCCUCAUCAUCUCUUCCGUCUUCAGAAGCAAUCCCCCCUCAUGAUAAAGUAUUAUGAGUCUAUCCGUGAUCUCCUCUAUCUAGCUUUCCAAUUCCACUCUGCCUCACCUAUCCAGCUGGCCAAGUACUAUGAUGUCAACUGCAGCAUUUUCACUCCUCGUAACUACCUGUCCUCCUCCUGGGGUUCCCCUUGGGUCAUCAAUAACCCGACCCGUGAUGACCGCAGCUUCAGCUUCCAGACCCAGCUCGGGCCCAGCAGCUAUGACUCCACUAAAAGAGUGACAUGGAAUGCCCUUUUCUCCCCUCGCUGGCUCCCACUUAGCGCUAGGUCAACCUAUACUGAGCUAGGUGCCAUGCAGCCCACCCGCACAGAUGGAGGUCGACCUCGCAUCAUUGUUACACCAGCUACCUCUAGUCCAGACUUUGCAGGUGUGAGUUUCCAGAAGACCAUAAUUGUGAUGGCAAGACAGCAAGGAAAAAUAGUAGUUCGCCAUGUCUACAAUUUCCACCAGAGUACCGAGGAAGCCGGGGAUUUCCUGGUGGAUGCCGACCUGCAGCGCCGUGCAUCUGAGUACCUAAUCGACAGCUCCCUCUAUCUGCACAUUGUGAUAAAGCCUCUCUACCAUACCCUCCUUGUUGCCAGGAAGUAA